AUGGACCCUUUGUCGCUUACCGCAAGCGUCAUCGCCGUCGCUACCCUCGCCGCUCAAACUUGUAAUGCUUUUGCAAAAUUGCGCGGACUGCACAAGGCAAUUCCUGGAAGACUGCACGCCUUGAACAACGAAGCCGUUGAUAUCGAAUUAGUAUUGUACCAAGUAGCCGCUGUUGUUCGAGAACGCGAGUGGCUGCCAUCCAGGGAUCGCGAGCUAGCGGAUAUCAAGCACCUUCUGGAGCAGGCCAAUACCAAAUUGGAUGAACUACGAGCAAUCGUCAAUCGUCUUUGUGACACCUGCAUCAAUGCCAAGGCUUCCGCUUUCCGAGGCUACAGGUGGCACAAAGAACAGGAGAGGCUGCAAGGUUUGCAGAAUGGGAUCAACUCGGUCAAGUGCAGCCUCAACAUAAUUCUAGGCGCUUCUCACUCACGAGACAUGGUGCGUGUUCGGGUGGAUAUUGAAAAUAUAUCCACCGUUACCGCCAAUUCUUCUAACCAGCAGACUGCCCUUCGAGAUGAAUUGGUCCAGCAGUCUAAUCUCCACCAGCGGGUGGACCAAAGACUUGGCAGGAUAGUUGAGUUGCUGGAAAAUCAAUCCAAUAGAUUGCAAGAUGGUCGGGCUUCCCAAUUAGGCCCUUUUUAUCAGGCACCCCUUCCGAACGUACGUCAACGUGGCCCAGCAUUGAAACCAAAGAAGUCGUCCCAAGACCCUCCACAGUCGGAGGGUGUCAGUGUGAGGGUCUUGCAGUACGCCUCUACGUGUCGACCCAGAUGCCCUUGUUCGUGUCACGAGUACAAAAAAUCUGCCUCACCUGCCUUUUUGAACCGUGUGCUUGGGCAGAUGUUCAUCGGUUAUACCGGCCUACCGCUCUUCAGUCCAAAAUGUAGCAGCCAGCAAUGCCAGAAAGGCCAAAUUCCUCGCGUCAGCCUUGAGUAUUGGUUUCCACUUGGCUUCUUCUGGUCUCAAAUAAUCACCGUCCAGGCUGGCUUUUCCCAGAAUUUUGGCCCUCAGUUCCAAUUGAGAACCCUGAGAAGAGUCCCAGACUCUGCCCCAUGCGUCAAUUUUGCGUUGGAAGGGAAUAUCGAAGCGUUGAAAAACUUGUUUGGACGUGGCCUCGCGUCCCCGCAGGACGUGAGUAGCACCCGAGGGUAUUCACUUCUUCGAUGGGCUUUGUACGGCAAGCAGAACCAAACAUGCCAAUUUCUAGUACAUGCAGGAGCAGAUAUCGACUACAAACCCAUAUCCGAAAAUGACGAUAGUCCAAAGAAUAAGGCUUGUGAUUUCUUGCUCCAAGGUGCUUUGUCGACAGAAGCCGCGGAGCUAUUGAGUUGUCUCACCAAAUCAGGCGAUUUUGUUGAAGAGCAAAAUUUCACCAAAUUGCAUAAGAUCGUCCUCGGUCUUUCAUUACUCGAUCUGGAGAAGGAGGUCCAGCUUUGCGCGGACGAGGUUGACACGACUGAUGCCUUAGGCCGUAGUCCUCUGAUCUGGGCAUCUGCUAGAGGAGACGAACGAUCUGUUGCGAUACUACUAAGCUACAAUGCCGACCCUAAUCUUGUGGACUUGCAAAACUCCGGACCCCUAAUGUACGCUGCUGCGCAGAACCAUGCCGUUUGUGUACGCCUUCUUCUCGAAGCCGGCGCCAACCCAGACCCUACCCUUUUUGGUUUGAAAAUGCAAAGAGGCAGUCCGCUCAAUUGUGCUGCUCGAAUUGCUUCUGAUCCUCUAGUCCUCAAGACCCUUCUGGAUUUUCGGGCCGACAUCGAAUCGUGUGGUGCCGAGGGUCGAACCUCACUUCUCCACGCCGCUAAUUAA